GCAUUUGUUCAUUAUACAACUAGCUUUCUCUUUUUUGUUACAUAAAUAGAAAAUGUUAGGUAAUUUAAUCCACAAAGGGUGAGAAAAUCGUUGAGAACUAUGAACUGUUUGUUUCAUUAGGCAUGUGAUGUACUUAUUAUCGAGCAUUUUUUCUGAAAAUAGCUCUGGGUUUGUAAUCCCCAAGCCCCUCCCCAGUCUGCCUCAAGUGGGAUAAAGCCUGCAGGUGCCAGAGCAUCUAGAAACUCACCGCAUCUCCAGGAUGUUUCCUCUAGAGUUCCUCUACAGCCUGUUUUACAUCGCUGUGGUCACAGACUUUGACGAAAAGAAGAAGAAAGUGAUCCAGUAUGACAUCUCCAAGUUCAAAAGAGGAGAUCUGCUAGAGGUCCCUCGAACUCUCUUCACACAUUUCGGAAUCUAUCUGGGGAACAACCGUGUGGCUCACCUCAUUCCUGAUAUCCUGCCAGUCUUGACUACCGAUGAGAAGGCCAUUGAGAAGAUGGUGAAUAACAACCGGCUGAUUUUAGGCGCGAUAGCAAAAAAAGCAAGUGUCCGGGUGGACUCGGUGGAGGACUUCGCGUACGGCGCAGAGAUUCUGCUCAACCACAUGGACAAAGUGUGCAGUCGGUCUCCGUUCGAGGGUGAGGAGGUGGCUAGGAGAGCCGAGAAGCUCAUGGGCUCCGUGGUUUACAGUCUGCUGUGGUACAACUGCGAGCAUUAUGUCAUGUACUGCAGAUAUGGCACCAGUGUGAGCUUUCAGUCCUACCAGUUCUGCAAAGUUGUGCGCAAGAUUGUGUGCAGCAAAACAAGUUGUCUUAUAAGUUUUCUGUUGUGCUUGUUCAUCAUGUUUUAUUUGGAGACUGUGUCCAUCUUUGGAAUUUUACCCACAUUUAUGAUCCCCUUCACUAUUUGGAUGGCAUCCUGAAAUGGAUAUUUACAUUUUUUUUUUUCAUCAAAUAACAUAAAAUAAAAAUAUAGUGUUUUAUUACACCGGGUCACCUAUUGGGCCAUUGUUAAAAACAACAACAACAACAACAACAACACACACACAAAAACAUAAGGAUGUGAUCUUUUCAGUACUGUCAUGUAAAGAUACAUCAGAUAAUUUAUUUUCUUACUGUUUGUUUGACUUAUAAUGAUAUCAGUAUUAAUUAAAGAAAAUGUUUUUGUUUGUAUAAAUGUUUGUGGCUGGAAAGCUAAUGUAUAUUAUUUAUAUAAUACUCGAAGUUUCUUUUAAAAUUCCGUGGUAUAUUUUGUAAAACCAUUGUAAAGUCUAUGUUAGUCAUAAACAAAUGAAUAAA